AUGGAGAACGAAGGCAAAACUCGAUCUUGGGUCCCAAGACUGCUCAGACCAACUUCAACUUCGAAGACGGAUGCGGAACCUAACGCGCGAUCGUCUCUCCUGCCUCCGUCACAACACGACGAGUGGUCGACUGGCGAAACCUACGAACUUGAAGAUGGAUCCAGCACCAAAUUUCAGCUUGUACUACAAGAGUUCUGGGUGUUAUUCAAAGGUUCUAUACCAGUGGUACUCGCAUAUGCUUUGCAGAACUCUCUCCAAACAGUCUCGGUGCUUAUCGUGGGGCGCUUGUCUCCUGAAGCUCUUGCAACAGCUGCUUUCUCCUACAUGUUCGCUAUGGCCACAGGAUGGCUUGUCGCUCUCGGAGGUACAACAGCGAUCGACACCCUCGCAUCUGCUAGCUUCACUGGAAGUAAGAACCGUCAUGAUCUGGGCAUCAUCUUGCAGCGUGCUUUCGUGGUACUUCUGCUGUUUUAUGUACCUAUUGCCAUUCUCUGGAUAUGCUCGGCACCGCUCUUUAGAGCUCUGGGGCAAGAAGAGUACAUUGCGCGAGAUUCAGCAAAGUUUCUCGCUGUUCUUGCCCCUGGUGGAAUUGGUUAUAUCUACUUCGAGGCCUUGAAGAAGUAUAUGCAAGCUCAAGAAAUCAUGCGUCCAGGAACUUACGUUCUCCUGAUCACGUCUCCCCUCAGUGCAGGACUCAAUUACGUCUUCGUGUACACUCUCAACAUGGGCCUUCUCGGUGCGCCACUCGCUACUGGAAUUGCAUACUGGGCUUCGUUUCUGCUUCUUCUCGCAUAUGCGCGCUUCGUCGAGGGAUGGGAAUGCUGGGGAGGAUGGAACCGCAAAUGUCUGCAGAAUACCUGGGUAUUUGCACGUUUGGCUUUCCUCGGCGUCAUCCACGUUGGAACUGAGUGGUGGGCUUUCGAGAUUGUUGCUCUCGUUGCGGGAAAGCUCGGGACAGUACCUCUGGCCUCGCAGAGUGUCAUCAUGACUACCGAUCAAGUCAUGAACACGAUCCCUUUCGGAGUUGGAGUCGCUACAUCCUCACGAGUUGGUAACCUGCUGGGUGCCCGCAACGCGAAAGGCGCUGCAAGAGCCGCCAAUACAGCGGCGGUCCUGAGCAUGGUUCUCGGUGUAGUUGUCCUGGCCAUUCUCAUGGGAGUCAAGGACUUCUACGCAAAGAUGUUCAACGAUGACAUCGAGGUCAUUAGGCUCACUGCGAAGGUUAUGCCGUAUGUCGCUCUCUUCCAGAUUGCGGACGGGCUCAACGGAAGCUGCGGUGGCGCUCUCAGAGGCAUGGGUAGGCAACACAUCGGUGCAACCGUUAACAUCGUCAGCUACUACUGUGGAGCCUUGCCGCUCGGUAUCUGGCUUGCCUUCAACGGCUGGGGUCUGGCUGGCUUGUGGGUCGGCCAAUGCAUUGCUCUGUAUCUCGUAGGCUUUGCCGAGUGGGUCAUCGUAGCGUGGAGCGACUGGAACUAUCAAGUCAAGAGGGCAUAUGAGAGGAUGGACUGUGAUGACCGAGCGGAGUUGGGUGUCUCGGAGGAAGUCGCGGCGAACACAGUCCACAACCAAAGAUUGUAG